CUCCACCGCACGCUAACACCGGAAGUGAGCAGAUGGCUCACUUCCGCGUACUGUGAAAAAGGUCUAUUGAACGAAUGAUACGCGGAUUCACUGCCCCCUAUCGGCCAGAAGGGGCCAAAACGAGUGGUGUCCGUGACGCCACUUUCCUGCGCCACUUGAGAUUGCGAAUUGGAUUGAAUUAUUAGACACUUUUUGCGGGGCAAGCACGAAAACGAAAAAGCAUUUCUGAGUUUGCUUUUGCUUUUUAAUUUAUUCACAGAAUGAGCAGUCUUGAAGAAGAAAAUGAAAAUGCAUUUUGGAAUAUUGCUUUUGAUUUUUAUUUUUGAGUCAAAUAGUGCAGCCAAGACUGAAAUGAAAAAGCAUUUCUGCUAAUGCUUUUGAAUUUUCGAAUUUGACAUUACUAAUUGAAUUUUGUUACCUUUUUGCUGGUGAAUGUUCUGAAAAUUAAAUGUUGAAUGUGAUUUGCUUUUGGUUUUGAAUCUAGUCACAAAAUGAGCAGUCUUAAAGAAGAAAAUGAAAUUUGGAAUAUGCUUUUGAUUUUUGAGUCAAAUAGUGCAGCUAUGACUUUGAAAUGAAAAAGCAUUUCUGCUAAUGCUUUUGAAUUUGAGAUAUGAGUCACAAUCGCUUCCAUAGACCCACGGCAGCUGACGCAUUUGUUUUUGCGUAGCGCACACACAUAUGCACGCGUGCACACACCACAUACACGCGCACACACGCAGUGAGAGAGCAGCCAGGCAGGGAGGGAGGGAGCCUGUUAGGACGUAACGUAGCCGGGCCAUCAAAACGAACAACAUAGCGAGAGGUGUUCCCGACGAAUUUGAAAGCUGUUCGGCUCUUUAGCUGACGGCAAUUCAGGCAUGGACGACAAGUCAUUCACCAAGGAACUGGACGGAUGGAUUGAACAACUGAACGAGUGCAAACAGCUGUCGGAGAAUCAGGUUAAAGUCCUGUGUGAAAAGGUAAGGUUUGCGCAGGAAGGCAGCGCAGCUAUCACUCACUAGCUACCCGGAAUGCUAGCGGACCGUUAGUUGACAGAUCUCCAGAGCAGAUUUGUGAGGUUUUGCCUUAACUAACGUCAAAUCAUGCAUGCGUCCAUGCCUUUGAGCACACCGUUUGCGUGUACCUUCAUCACGCAGAUCAAUUUUAGGAAAAGAAAAAAAAAAAAAAAAACACCAGCUAAGAAGAUGGAGGGGCAUGCCUGCGAAUGUGUUUUCCCUAGCUACGCCCACUCUUGUUGCCUCUUUAGUGAAGUGCAGUGGCACUACCAUAGAAAACUGCAUGAUAAUAAUGAAGUAUAACUACAUGCCUUCACAACCUGAAAUGGGUUGAUAUUCAAUUCAUUCAGCAAUUGAAUGGGAUUUUAGUGACAAAAAGAUAAACAACAGCCAUUUUGGAUGCUUUUUUUGGAUACCCUGUUGCCUCUCUUUUGAUAUCACUUUUCUCCUUCUUUUAAGGCCAAAGAGAUCCUGACAAAGGAGUCUAAUGUGCAGGAGGUGAGAUGUCCGGUGACAGUCUGUGGAGAUGUCCAUGGUCAGUUUCAUGACCUCAUGGAGCUGUUUAAGAUUGGAGGGAAGUCUCCGGACACUAACUAUCUCUUCAUGGGAGACUAUGUUGACAGAGGCUACUAUUCUGUGGAGACAGUCACUCUUCUGGUCUCUCUCAAGGUAAACAAAGUAGAUAGCCUUAUAUUCUGUGAUAAUAGAUUUUAAACAGCCUGGACAAAGCAUUGAUGUUGUAGAAAAGAUAUUCAUUUUGUUAAUGAGCUCAUUUUUGUGUGUAGGUGCGGUUUCGUGAACGCAUCACAAUCCUCAGAGGAAACCACGAAAGUAGACAGAUCACGCAAGUGUACGGCUUCUAUGACGAGUGUUUAAGGAAAUAUGGAAAUGCCAAUGUUUGGAAGUACUUCACAGAUCUGUUUGACUACCUGCCCUUGACAGCACUGGUAGACAACCAGGUACGUGUGUUUGUGUUUGUGUUUGUGUGUGGCAUCAAGCAUAGUAAAGAGACUUAUUUAUCUUCCUUUUCUCCUCAGAUUUUCUGCCUCCAUGGAGGAUUGUCCCCUUCAAUCGACACACUGGAACACAUCAGAGCGCUGGAUCGCCUGCAGGAGGUUCCUCAUGAGGUAAAUGCUGCAGACUGUACAGGAGUUUGUUUUGGAUCGUGAUUGUGCUCCAACGACAUAACUUUGGCUUUUUGCACAAAUUCUUUUAUAGAGUUUACAGAGAACUGAAAAUAUGAGGCAUUCAUUAAUAGCAACAAUAAUUUUUGGCAUGUGUUGAGCAAAAGAAACAUGGCUACAAGCUUUUUAAAUAUCUUGAUGUUAUAUUUUACCUUUUGUAUGAUAUUUGAGAGAGUUUUCAGUGGGUGUGAUUGUCAAUUUUCUGAAAACAUUUAGCUCAAAUGAAACCGCAAGAAAUUAAACAUCCGGUUGAUCAAUGGUGUGAUUAAUAUUAAGUUGCAGCCCUACUGGAGUCUUUCAUUAAAUUUGUUUUGUACACUGAACUGAUUUCCCCCCCCCCACUCAUUUCAGGGUCCAAUGUGUGACCUGCUAUGGUCAGACCCAGAUGAUCGUGGUGGUUGGGGCAUCUCACCCCGUGGUGCUGGUUACACCUUCGGGCAGGACAUUUCAGAGACUUUCAAUCAUGCAAACGGCCUAACUUUGGUUUCAAGAGCCCACCAGCUGGUCAUGGAGGUAUUUCGACUUUAGUUGGAUUCUGAGAGUAUGCUUACUUUCCCCACCUGCAGAUACUGCAGGUGCAGCUCUGAUAUUACACGUGAUACACUGUAAAUAGGUUUAAUGUGGGUUUUCUCUUGAUCCAGGGUUACAAUUGGUGCCAUGACCGCAACGUAGUGACGAUCUUCAGUGCACCAAACUAUUGUUAUCGUUGUGGAAACCAGGCAGCAAUCAUGGAACUCGAUGACACAUUGAAAUACUCUUUGUAAGUUCAGCUUUUUAACUUUGACUUGACAUUGUUUUAUGUGGACUUGUCUUCAUAUCAAUCAGAAUCUCAGUAUGGGUGUUCAAUCCUGCGUUGUUCUUUUUUUAGUCUACAGUUCGACCCUGCACCCCGUAGAGGAGAGCCACAUGUGACGCGGCGUACACCGGAUUAUUUCCUGUAAAGACCACUGCUCACAAAGGCGAAAAAGAGUCUACAUAACCCCAUGGACCAAAAAUGUGUGCCAUAAUCGCAAUGAAAAGAAAACCAUCACAUCUAGCUAAAGGCCACCAACCUUUAACUUUUUUCUCUCUGUGCAUGAUGUUUUUAUUACUAUAACUGAUGGCUACUAUAAACAAUACUAUCAUAUUACCUGCUGGUUUGUUAGGGAAAUCGAAUGAACUAAUGCUGAGACUAUAUAUAGUACUCUUUCUGUUUGGGUGAUGAUGGCCAGAGUGUGUUUUCCAUAUACAGUAUCUGUCUGCAUCUUUCACCUGGCAUGGCCUCGAAUCAAAGGUUGCAUAAAUUAAACGUGAAAUAUUUUCUUUUUGUAACUGAUAUGCAACCGCUUAUUUCGUGCUUUGAGAUGAUAGAGAUAGACUUCUGAAAAUGAAUUCAUUCUAUUUGCACUUUUGUAUUUAAUUUUUAUCACACAGCACUGACAGACUAUGUUCUUUUUAUACCCUGUUAUGGUUUAAGUAGCCCUCUGCUUGCUCUGCUGUCUACUAUAGGAGUAAAUGUAAUUCAUUCAAGUGGCAAUAUUGGUACAAAGUAUGUCCAUUGUCAUAGAAUAGUAACAAGAGGUUAUGCAGUUGCAGAUAUACAAAUAAAGACAUAUUACGUCUUUAUUAUCCAUAAGUUAUGGUUUGGGGCAUUUUUCCCUCUGGUCAGUCACCACUAGAUGGAAACAGGUGCUCAAAAAUAGAUGAUCAAUACAGACUCAAAAACAAGUCAUAUCCUGAUUGUAAAUAUUUGAAGGAUAGAAGGGGAAUGUUGGUUGUAUUGAUUAUUUUCUGUUGGUUUGUGUUAAUGCAGGCAUUUACCAUAAAAUUUUAAACCUGGAAGUGCCAAGCUAUGAUAAGGGGAUUCAUUUGGUGUCAUUUUCUGUUUUUUAAUGCAUCAAUUUAUUUAUUUUGCAUGAAUCAGAGAAUGCUUUUAUUAAUUUUAGUACUUUAUAUGAGUGAUCCUCAUGAUGUAAGGCAGGUGUACAUAAAGUCGUGUGUGUGUAAAUCCAAAGUUUCGCCAAUUAUUAAUGAUUUACUGCUUUUGAACCAAGUGGACAGAAAUGUCGGAGAACUGACGGAUGUAAAGCUCAGUACCCAGCUAAAAAUAAAAGUCUAAGAUGAAGCUCAGCGUGAAA